AUGCAGCGCAAAGCGAGACUACCUCUCAGAAAAACGAACAUCCAUGGGAUCUCCAAAUCAUCUGGUUGUCUGGCUGUUCAUCGAGUGGUCGAUGCUGUCUGCAAAGCUUUGCAGAACAUCGAGUUCCCUACAAGGAGGGAACACAUUUCACGUAUCAAAGUGUCUUUGUACAAGAUUGCUGGGUUCCCAAAUGUGAUUGGUGCCAUCGAUGACACUCAGAUACCCAUACAAGGCAUGGGAACAGAUGAUGAACAUCUGUUCACAAAUGCCGUCUGCAAAUUUCCAGGAGCAACCCAUGAUGCGUACAUUCUGCAAAACAGCUCCUUGCCAAAUUUGAUUGAAAACCUUCAUGAUGGAGUUUGGCUGAUAGGUGAAUCGGGUUAUCCUCUUAAAGAGUCGCUGAUGACUCAUAUCAGCAACCCGAGGAGUGGACAAGAAGAGCGGUACAGUUCUGCUCAUUGCCGUACUUGA